AGAAUUUCUCAAAAACAUGGACGGAGAGGGGUCAUUUGCUUCUUCGCGAGAAUUUUGCCCGCAGUGUGGCUCCAUUUUACCGUUUCCUGAAAAUGGAACGGUAGUUAUGAAAUGCAAGACAUGUCCUUACAAAGUCAAUGCAAAAACUGCAUUACAUGGUGUGGUCUAUCACUCAUACCUGCGUCUCAACUCUCGCAAGAAUGUUGAAGGUCGUCACGAGGUCGUCAGCCAGAAAGACCUUGGACCACUGAUUGAUAGAGCAUGUGCUAAGUGCGGUCAUGAUGGACUUCAUUUCCACACCAGACAAACACGAUCAGCUGAUGAAGGACAAACCGUCUUCUAUUUCUGCCCAUCAUGCAAGCAUCAAGAGAUUGAGUACUCCUAAGAUGGCGAGGCUGAAGAGAAUCAACGUCUUCGUAUCAGUCUUCACCGAGAGGAACUCGAGGCAAGAGCUCACUGGAUCAAGGAGAUGACAUCACCAAUGGCGACGAAUACAACGACGACCAGCUGAUGCCAGAGAGAUGUCUUACUGACGAGGAGGCCGAGCAUCCAUCCGUCUGUAGUAAUCACAGUAUGGGUACUUUAAAUAAGAUCAGGAUCCUUUAUCACUAACAGUGCCAUCAGGAUUGUCUCAAGAAACAAAAUGAGGCUUGACAUCAAAAUUUAGUCUGGUUCCUUUUUUCAAACUUUGAGAGUUUCGAGCGGGUUUUGAUCGUUACAAGGGGAACCAGACAAAAUGGCCGAGCUGUGGUAAAGGUGUUUUUAAACUGUCGGUGUUGCUUACAUUAGUUUGUGAUAACUCAUGCUGUAUAGCUAGUUUAAAAAAACCGAGUACAGUGUAUAUAAAUUGAAUUGUUGACCUUCAUGAAUUGGUGUUGUUGAUUGAUCCUCCCCUUACCCCUGGGGUGGGUUGAUCGAUUGAAAGAACGAGCAAGACACUUGAGUGCACAACUUCUAUGAUGAAAGCCUCUGGUUAGGAUCAUGGCAUACUUUGUAACUUGUGGGUCAUGACAAGACUUAAAUUCCCUUUUUCGUGA